CAGAUUAAACCAGUUGAAAAGCCACCAGGGCAUCUCUAAAGUACAACGAACGUUAGAACAAUUCUGGAUUUUUUAAUCUUGCAGAAACGAAAUUAUCGCCGGGGUUCAGGUCGUCUCAGUCUGCAAUCAAAAUUUCCCCAUUCUUGAUUACCCGUUCAUUUUCAAAUUUUACCUUAGUCUACAGGCAUAAAAAUCCCAUUUCAGCGAAGUCCAAAAUCGCGGAAAAUAGCAUAAAAUCGCCUUUAUUUGUUCUCGUAUCCGUGAAUCCUCUCCGAAGUUUAAAGUCCAGGGAAUUUAUAGAUUCAGAUUGAUUAUUUUGACAGCUAGGGUUUUAAAAUUCUCGAACCUCGCUGCUGUGGGGAGCUUAAAUCGAUUCCUAGGGUUUAGAGCUUUCAUUUUACCUGAAUCGGCAUGUUUUUUCCAUGGAUCCUAUUUGAAAUCUAAAAUCUAUGCAUCUCUCGUCUUCGGAAGGACAUGAUUCGACGGCUAGGGUUUUGAAUUCGGUCGAAAUUCGCGGCUUAUGAGGGUUUAAAUCGACGGUUAGGGUUUUAAUAUUUAUUCUUUAGAUGCUCAGAUGAAGAGAACUUUCAGCGCUCGAUUUGAUGGAAUGCCCGAGAGUAUCGACGGUUCGCCGUCCAGCUCGAGGUCCGUGACGGAAACCGUCAAUGGAUCGCACAAUUUUGUUAUACAGGGUUACUCUCUGGCCAAAGGCAUGGGCGUUGGACGGCACAUUGCAAGCGAGACUUUUACAGUGGGAGGUUACCAGUGGGCGAUUUAUUUUUACCCCGAUGGGAAAAAUGCCGAAGAUAACUCUCUGUACGUGUCAGUUUUUAUUGCCCUGGCCAGCGAGGGAACUGACGUUCGUGCUCUUUUUGAAUUGACGCUGGUUGAUCAGAGUGGCAAGGGCAAGAACAAAGUUCACAGUCAUUUUGAUCGGGCUCUCGAGAGCGGGCCUUAUACUUUGAAGUAUCGGGGAAGCAUGUGGGGCUACAAACGGUUCUUUCGACGGGCUGUGCUUGAAACAUCAGAUUAUCUUAAAGACGACUGCUUAAAAAUAAAUUGUACAGUGGGAGUUGUUGUUUCAGCCACAGAAGGACCUAGAUUGCACUCUAUAUCUGUUCCUGAAUCGGACUUAGGGAUGCACUUUGGUGCACUGCUUGAUAAUCAAGAAGCCUCCGAUGUGACUUUUGAUGUAAGUGGGGAGAAAUUUUAUGCUCAUAAACUUGUGUUGGCUGCACGUUCUCCGGUAUUUAAAGCAAAAUUUUUUGAUUCUGCCGAGGAGGACAGCAAUGAGGUUGCUAUUGAGGACAUGGAUCCAAAGGUGUUCAAGGCAAUGCUGCAUUUUGUUUACAGAGAUACUCUUCCUGAUGAAGAACCAAUAUCGCCUAGUUCAUCAUCUUCAUCUUCAAAAGUAGAGACAUUGGCAGAACAUUUACUUGCUGCAUCACAUACUUAUGGCUUAAAAAGACUAAGGCUACUAUGUGAAUCAAAAUUAUGUAAAGACAUAUCUGUGAAUACUGUUGCAUCUAUUCUUGCUCUGGCGGAUAGUUACAAUGCCACUGAACUGAAAGCUGCAUGCCUCAAAUUUGCUGCAGAAAAUCUUGCAGGUGUCAUGCGUUCAAAGGGGUUUGAGUAUCUAAAGGAAAAGUGCCCUUCACUUCAGUCAGAGCUUCUAAAAACAGUUGCCGGCUUUGAGGAUGAUUCAACUUCAAGUAGUGAGGAAAGAGUAGGAGUGUGUGGGCGCAACUUUCUGAUGGUACCGAUAUUAAUGGAAGGAGAGUAAGAUCAAGAAUAUAGCAUUGAGAAUUUUGAUUGGCAUGAGGAAUCCUGUAAGAAUAAUUAACUUGAGACAUUAACUAAUACUGACUUUCUUUGGUUGUGUGCUUGUGCAUACUGAGAUGCCCAUAUACUGGAUAAGUGAAAUUCAAUUUGGGAAAUCAUUGUAGCUGUUUUAUGAAGAUAUGUCUCUGUAUGUGCAUUAAUGUAAGAAUGCAAAAUUUCAUGUUUA